AUGGAGAACCCAGAAGCAGAAAUUCGGGACGUGAUUCUCAAUCUCACCCAAGGAACACCGCUUGUCCAGGCGCGCACGAUCGAUGAAUAUUUCACAUCCAAUGCCGUUUUUGUCCACCCAUUCUGUCGGACAUGGGACAUAGAAGGUAGCCGCUGGUUCGUUAAAGAGAUCUACCGGUGGUACAAGAUUAUGUCUCCCCACAUCGAGAUAGAGGUCAAUUCUGUUGCUUAUGACGAGCAACAUCUCAAAAUCUACGCGAACAUCUCCCAGGUAUUCUCCAUCUGGGCUAUACCGUUCCAUUCGAGUCCGGUGACUCUCACCACUGUCUUGGACCUUGUACCGCGUACAAAGGAGACACCGCAAGGAGUCGAUGGUCAGGAUGCCCAAAGGACGCUCUAUUAUAUUACCAAACAGGAGGACUUUUAUCAGACGUCAGAGUUUGUCAAGUUCUUGACACCCUCCGCAGCCGUGCCGGUAUACCUCUGGCAGUCUUUCGCAACCUUGUUCUGUGUCUUCGGGGUUUUUGUCUUUUGUCUUCCGAUGACUUGUUUAGGUUUUUUUCUCCGUCUUCUUUCGUUUUUCAAGAACAUGGUGUCAACGGCACCUGGUUUACAUGAUAACACCGAGAAUCAUGUAGACUCCGGGAACAAGGUUACUUCUUAG